AUGCGUUACCGCGCAAGUGACUCAACGAGCCACAAUCUCUGUGUCUGCGAUCGACUGACCCACAUUCAACUACUGUUCACGUGGAACCCUUCUCCACUUCAGUCUUCAAGGAUCGAACUUAAAUAUUUGCUACUACCACCGAGAUCUGCACUGACGGAAGCUCCAGCUGGGCCUACGCCCAAAGCCUUCGACGCAACCGCCACGACCCUCCUACUCGCGAGUUGUUACACACUCCUUAGCGGUCACCGUCCUGCUAUCUAUAUCAACCAACGCCUUUUAUGGGGUCUCAUGAGCGAAAAGUUAGGCACCUUAACCCAACGUUUGGUUCAUCCCACAGCGCCAGUUCUGCUUACCAAAAAUGGCCCACUUGGAGCUCGCGUUCGUGUCAACAGUUCAACAAAGAAACCGAGACAACAUACCCAUUGA